CCGACGCCGUGUAACGGCGCCCUUGUCCGCUUUGGCACCCUCAGCUGGUUCCAGGCUGUUCUACACUGCGACGCUUCGAGUGAGUGCGUGCGUUCGCCUUGGCUUUGGGAGGGCUCGGACGUUCGAAUCUCGUCCGCCGUCCCAUCUGCCAACGCGUAAAAGACGUGCCCCGCUGCUGCGGCGGGAAACGUUACUUUGACGGGAUACUUUUGGCGCGGUAUUCUCCCGUUGCGAUUUGCGUUUCAAGAGAGGGGGGCUUGGUCGUGGGGAGGCAUCGCCACCUGUUCAAAAGCGCUUUUUGUUUCCCGUCACUCGUGUCUCUCCUCCAUCCACGCGUAUCUGAGACAUCUCACCCUCCCGUGCGACGACGCUCUCUGGUGGAUUCUUCAAAAGUUUAUUAGGAAGACACUUUUCUCUUCUUCUUCUGUCGACUCCCCUCCACGUUGGACUUCACCUCAUCAACAUGGUUCUUGUGAACACCCAGGACCCGACGCCCGAGGUCGCUGCCUCGGGCCGUGCCGCGUUGCCGGAUUAUGUCACGACGCCAAACGCCGUUUUCGACGAUGAAGGGGUCCAGUGGAGAUACGGCAGAGCGCCAGACUACACAAAAACCCGCAAGGUCUGGAGGGAGGGCAAAAAGAUGAGCCACAAGGCUGGCAGCCUCGAAGAGAUCGUGGAGAACUUGGUCAAGAACUGGGAGGUCGAGGCCUCUUUCAAGACACGGCUUGAGGACUGGCGGACCGUCGACCACGCGAAAUACACCUUCUCCGUCAACGGGGGCCCGCCGCAGACGGGCGAGUACAUGCUCAAGGUCGGCACUUAUAACGCUGUCAUCACGCCCAACGAGUACUACAGUCCCGACUACUCCGACUUCGCAUCGAGCCACAAGACUUUCAAGAGGAUGAUGCCUAACUUCGCGUGGGAGGUCCUUGAGGUCUACAGCGGCCCGCCCUGUGUGGCUUUCAGGUGGCGUCACUGGGGGUACAUGAAGAACGACUAUGUGGGAUUUAACGACAAAGGAGACAAAGUCACAGCCAAGGCCCAUGGAGGACCCAUCGACAUUGAAGGCGUGACAAUCGCGAGGGUCGACGAUCAGCUCCGCUUGCAGGCCGUAGACACUUGGUUCGACUCGCUGCAGAUGUUUAGGCAGAUCGCCCCGGACGGCGUGGUCAAAAAGGAAGCUAAGACUGAUAACCGGGGGCCAGAAGCCAGGUUCGACGAGGCGGUGGCGCAAGAUAUCAAGCUGUCGCCUGAGGACAUAAGUAAACUGCACAGCGAUGUGGUGAACGGCAAGAGGUCAGGAGGAUGUCCUGUGAUGAUGAAUAGGGAGUAGAGGUCAGCAUAGAAUAGUUAGAAGAACGCAACCAAUAUGAUCAAACUGAUUGCC